UGACUAAUGAUGAUAAUGGAUCUCAUGGGCACCAAUUUAGCAUCAAAAUGAUUAACUUUCGGAUUUAUUGAAAUUUCAUUGUUUAAUCUUAGAAAGAAAAUAAAAAAUCACUAACUAAGGUCUUUCUCCAGCUUACAGCAUGUACAUGAUCUGCUCUAGGCUCUAUAAAUGUAUAUUAAUCACAUCGAAUUGUACAGUAGAGCUACUAGAUUUCAAUGUAUACUGUAGAAUACUAGUAUACGGCACGCAAAAUUUAAUUCUGACUUAUGUCCCUGUGCUCAUUUGCAUAUUUUGCAUUCAUGAACUUACACACCAAAACCCAAUAGGCCUUGAAUAAUUAGAUAAGUGAAGAAAAUCAGAACCAUGUUAAAAAACUAUUAUUCAUUACUAAUGUUGUUUGCACUCUGUUGUCUCUUUGCAUUUGCAUUAUUGUGGUACAUGCGUCUUUAGUUUACUUUAUAAUGAUUUUGAUCUCUGUAUAAUUACCUAAUGGACAUUUUUUUUUAGCUUUUUGCACAAUGCUAUCUGUCUGUCUCUUUAUCUAUCUCAUUAAUUUUAUUAGCAUCAUUACUAGCAUCUCUUCUGGUUAGAUGCUAAUCUGAUGAGGCACAAAUUAUUUUCUUUAUCAAAUAUUAUAAUUUUUAAGUAAGAUUUGAAAAAGUUGUCCUGUGGGACAAUAUAAAAAUAUCCAUAUUCUGAUUUAGGUGUAGAAUGUUACUGGUAUCGUUAUUAUCAUUUUUAACACUGCGUCAGCUCCAUUGCUACUUCCAGGCUAUGAUUUUUUACUAAACACAAAAAUCAUAUUUUCUUGUUCCUGGAUUGAUGGUAAAAUAUUUUGAAAUCUUUGAAAUGAAAACUACAUCACAUGCAGCUUCUGAGGUGAAACUUUGAUAAGGUCCUGUUUGGUAACAUGUCGUUUAUUCUGGCACGUUUUUAUCGUGACAUUUUAAUCGGAUCUUUUCUGUCACAUUAAAACAGCAUGAAAUUUGCCUCUUUUUUUUCAACCCAAAUCUACAUACGGUUCCUGCACUAGUUGGAAUGAAAGACGACCCCCACCGCUUUGGCAUUUAUAUAAAACCUCUACUCCAUUUUUGAUGGCAGAAAAAUUACACCGAACACACUGUUUGUGUGGUUUGCUCCAACUUCACUAGUGUGGAUGUUGCAGGCUGCUGGUGGUGUGCUGCAGAUGUUGGGCUAGGUCACACACCUGGGCACAAGUUAGCAUGGAGCAUGCAGGCAGAACGAUAAGGUUUACUCUGAAUAUCAUGCUGGUGUUUAAGCAUGUAGUAAAUUCGUUGGGAAGACCGUGGAAAAAUUAUUUAUGUAUAUAAGUAUAUAUGUGUGUAUGUAGAAAUAUAAUAUAUGACAUGGUAAAUUGGUUAAAAAUAAGAAAAUAUCACAUUAAAAUGUCAUACCAUGUAAUCUACUGUUAGUUUGUAAAAUACACCAUUAAAGAGUGUAUUUUCUUUUUUAUUUAGUACAAAUAUUUGCUUAUAAAGGACCGAAAUCUAAAGUUAAACAAGUAAACAAUUAAUAAUGACAGAAUCUAUGUUCUGUGUGUGUGUGUGUGUGUGUGUGCGCUCUAUGACUCUCUGCACUGAGUGGUUGGGCUCAACACACUUCAGUUCCUCCCUGCGGUGUGACAUAAGAAGAAGAAGAAGAAGGACGGGCCCCAGAAGCACUAAAGCAAAUACACACUCGCACACACUCACACACACCCAAUAGUGGCAACACAUCUGCAUGCCUGAAGAUAAUGACGACCCUCAGUCACCUCUGGAGCGUUCUCUGCUUCCUGACAGCAGUUUCUGCAGUACUAGUGCGCUACCCGAGCAUCAACAGCUCCGAAACGCUGACCUGCACCUGCCCGGACCACCAGUGUCAGAAGGUGUUAUGGUACCGCUUACUUCACAACAGCGGCACACCUGAGUUCCUCGUGUCCACCAACAAUUUAAACAAUGCGCACUAUGCGGAAAAACUUAACCAAGGCCGCUUCAGGACAACUGCUAGCGACGAGAAGAAGGUGCUGUACACACUGCGCAUCACCGGCAUACAGAACGAAGAUGCAGGUUUCUACUCGUGCGUCCUCGUCAGUCAGAAUUCAGCACAGGAUCCCAAAGAUCUGAUGCCUGAAGGAUACUACAUCAGGCCUGGAGUCGUCACAAACACUCUGGCUCCUGCGACGGUGAAAAAUCCGAGGCAUGUGAACCGUCCGGGUAACAACUGCAAACCUAUUAGUCUGAAAGGUUGUAAGUCUCUAGUACUUUGGUCGGGCAUCGGUGCUGUCCUGCUCCUCGGGGUGAUCCUGAUCUUAACACUGUAUUACUUUAGCAGACUCCCGAAGAAGUGCAGACAUCACUUUGCUAAAAAGCAUCAGCUGAAAUGAGACGAGACGAGAUGAGAUAAGAUGAGACGAGCUGUCCGGGUUGGAGCACAUCACUCCGUCAUGGCGAAGAUUUUUUUCUUUCCUGUAAAUGAAUCAUAUGUACAAAGAAACAUGCUUUUAUUUCCUUUUUUCAAAGCACUUUUGCCCAUAGCCUUUCUUUAUUCAUGAAUCAGAGACUAUUGAUCAUGGUGAUGGUUCAGUCUGCAUUUUAUUCCCCUCAGUUCUCUGUAAUGGUGUCUUUACUGGUAUUUAUUGUGUCUGCAAAACGCUUUUAUUUUAAAAGACUUCCAGUGAUUCAAUAGUUUUUCAUUUCCGUGGCUGAUAUUUUGCCUCACAGCCUUUGAGAUAUUAAAGUAUGAAUAGUAGUACUUUUGAUUAUGGAUUGUAUUUGCUAGUGAUCAAAACAUGGUUAAGGAAAAUGCUGUAUGUUUUUGUGUGUGUGUGUGUGUGUGUGUGUGUGUGUGUGUGUGUGUGUGUGUGUGUGUUUUUGAAGAGGAUUCUGAUGGAUGUUUAAAGCAGUCCCUCUCCUUAUUAGAGUUGCUUUCAUUAAAAAAAAUAGAAAGAAAUUCAGCACGAAAUUUUCUGCAAAUACUCAUUACCAGCAUCAACAACUUCAAAUGUAACAUUGAAAAAAGCAAUCAAAUGUCUUCCUGUUUCCAACAUGACGUUUAUUCUUUUCUGAGCAAUGUGUUUUAUUCCUCUUAUCCUACAGACGUAUGUCAAAGAUGACAUUUUUUAAUAUAUUAAGGUAAUACAUUUUCUUCAUUUUAAUGGCUUUUUUUUUAUCCAUUUAUAUAUACACAUAUAUUUACAUGUAAGCUUUGUAAUGAGUAACCUCCAUGUGGACAAGUUUUUUCUUUACAAGACGCUUAUUUUUUCUCUCAGAAAGUUAAUAAGACAUGCAACUUGUCACGUGACAGAGAAACAUUUCCGUGCUGAAGCCUUUCCUGAUUUAUAAAGACUUUUUACAGCUUUAGCUUUGACUGUUAGAAAAUGCUGACACUGGUGACUCCUUUGUCCUGUUGGGCUCUUGAACAAGUGCUCAGUUGUAAGUCGCUCUGAAUAAGGGCUGGCAAAUGCCAUAAAAGAAGAACAAUAA